ACACCACCACAAGUCGGAGCUUUUGAAAGUUCAAAUAACGUUGGAUAUUAUAUUUCGCACCAAAACUUCCUUGGGCUUAUCCGUCAAGUAGAUCCAAAUCUUGUCCCUGAUUUCAUAUUUACGAUAGUCACCGGUUUGAAUGGUGUUGGUAUCAGCUUUCAAAGCGUAAACUUUCCAGAUCAAUAUUUAAGACAUCAAGAUUUUCGUAUCAAGCUUGCCAAAAGCGAUGGCUCAGAUUCAUUCAAGGAUGAUGCCACUUUCAUCCUUUCCUCAGGUGAUAAUGGUGGUGUUCGCUUCCAGAGUUUCAACCAGAAGAAUUACUAUAUUAGACAUCGGGCUAAUAAUGAGUUGUGGAUUGACCCUAACUCAACCGUAGAUCCCUAUAAACAAGAUAGUACCUUCAAGUAUCGCGAACUUUUUCAAUUGGACAAAUGUGUCUCAUCAAAAUAUCCUAAUACAUCAUAUUUGUUAUCCAGAAUGCAGUUAAAAUGGAUUGGACGUGUCCCAGAAGAAAUCCCGUUCUGGUUUCGUCCUAAUAAAAAGAGGUUGACCGGAACGGAUUGUAUUAUAGAAGAAA